CCUGAUACAGAAACCUGCCCAUGUUAAACCUGCCCAAUGAAAGCAACUCCAGUGAAACCUGCCCCAGUGACUCCUACCCCAGUGACACCUGCCCCAGUGAAGACCACUCCAGUGAAACCUGCCUCAGUGAAAGCCACUCCAAUGACUCCUGCCCCAGUAACUCCUGCCCUAGUGACUCCUGUCCCAAUGACUCCUGUCCCAGUGAAAGCCACUCCCAAUGACUCCUGCCCCCAGUGAAAGCCACUCCAGUGAAACCUGCCUCAGUGAAAGCCACUCCAAUGAUUCUUGCCCCAGUAACUCCUGCCCUAGUGACACCUGUCCCAAUGACUCCUGCCCCAGUAACUCCUGCCCCAGUGACUCCUGUCCCAGUGAAACCUGCCCCAGUGAAAGCCACUCCAGUGACUCCUGCCCCAGUGACACCUGCCCUAGUGAAACCUGUCCCAAUGACUCCUGCCCCAGUAACUCCUGCCCUAGUGAAACCUGUCCCAAUGACUCCUGCCCCUGUGACUCCUAUCCCAGUGACACCUGCCCCAGUGAAAGCCACUCCAGUGACUCCUGCCCCAGUGACACCUGCCCCAGUGAAACCUGUCCCAAUGACUCCUGCCCCAGUGAAAGCCACUCCAGUGCCUCCUGCCCUAGUGAAACCUGUCCCAAUGACUUCUGCCCCUGUGACUCCUGUCCCAGUGAAACCUGCCCCAGUGAAAGCCACUGCCAAUGACUCCUGCCCCAGUGAAAGCCACUCCAGUGAAACCUGCCCCAGUGAAAGCCACUCCUAAUGACUCCUGCCCCAGUGAAAGCCACUCCAGUGACUCCUGCCCCAGUGACACCUGCCCUAGUGAAACCUGUCCCAAUGACUCCUGCCCCUGUGACUCCUAUCCCAGUAACACCUGCCCCAGUGAAAGCCACUCCAGUGACUCCUGCCCCAGUGACACCUGCCCCAGUGAAACCUGUCCCAAUGACUCCUGCCCCAGUAACGCCUGCCCCAGUGACUCCUGUCCCAGUGAAACCUGCCCCAGUGAAA